GCAAGAUCAGAGUUGGAGUUUGCUAGGGGUGGGGAUACUAGCCCGGCUACAGUGAUGACGCGAGACUGCGGGGCGAGGGUAGCGCCGCGCGCAGCCUCCGUGGCGCAUCUUCGAACUAAAAGGCACUGAUAGGACAGUAUAGCAGCUUCUACCCGGCACGUUAGCGGUUUGAUUUCAGUCGCUCCUUGGUCGCGCUAGAAACAACACGUCCCGCGCAUAGUUUCUUCAAACGGCCUGUACGCAACGCCAAAACGUCGCCUACUACAGCAGCACAGUUCCGUUCAAGUCGUGACAUGUGUACCUGACCCGAGUCCCGGUACCGGCUCCAAUACGACCCUCACAACAAAAACAAUUUGAACACGAAGAAACAAUUCAGACCACAACGCUCCGGUUCCAAAAUGAUUCCUCGGAGAAAGCACAACGCGUCUUCUGGUUCCCUACCACCACCCGAUGAUAAGAACGCCAGCAACGAUUAUAUAUUGUCGGAUAAGGACUCAAGCGAGGGAUGGCGUGCAUUGAUAAAACGUCGUCUCAACCGGAAAACUCUGCACAAAAGAUUGCCAGUAACAGCUUGGCUGCCACAAUACAACACCGAAAAAGCAAUUGGUGAUCUCAUUGCUGGCAUAACAGUUGGGUUGACGGUUAUACCUCAGUCGCUAGCCUAUUCGAACAUCGCUGGGUUGCCUCCUCAGUAUGGACUCUACGGUUCCUUUUUGGGAUGUUUCAUCUACAUCAUCCUCGGAGGAUGCCGAGCUGUUCCUGCAGGCCCCACUGCCAUUGCAUCAUUACUGACCUGGCAAGUUGCUGGAGGAGUCGUGGAAAAGGCCAUAUUACUUACAUUCUUAUGCGGACUCGUCGAAUUACUUAUGGGAGUUCUGGGCCUUGGUUUCCUAAUUAACUUUGUCUCCGGUCCAGUCUCUUCUGGAUUUACAUCAGCAGUUGCAUUGAUGAUCGCAACAUCGCAAGUCAAAGAUCUUUUUGCUAUCCAAGUUACCGGGACCACGUUUCUUCAACAAUGGAUUUCUGUCUUCAAGAAUAUACCUAAUGCUUCCCUCUGGGACCCUAUUCUUGGAUUUUCCUGCAUUGCUUUAUUGCUUUCUAUGAGGAAAAUCGGGAUGAUCAAACUGGGUACGGAAUCACCAGAGGGGCCCAAUACAAGACAGAAGGUUUUGACAAAAUCCAUGUGGCUUUUGGGUACUUGUCGAAAUGCUAUUGUUGUGGUGUUCACGGGAUUCCUAGGAUUUUGGUUCAUAUCUUCGAGUGGGGCUUCACCUUUCCGACUCAUGGCUGAAAGCGUACCGGGUGGUGCCAUACCAUCCGGAGUACCAAACCCUCAACUGCCACCGUUCAGCUAUGUUCGGGGAGACAACUCCACUGCUGAUUUCGUGGACAUGGUAUCGGAACUCGGUUCUGGUAUACUGGUUAUCCCUCUCAUCGUGUUGCUUGAAGAUAUUGCUAUCUGCAAGGCGUUUUCUGAUGGGAAAACUAUUGAUGCAACGCAAGAGAUGAUCGCACUGGGAUUUGUGAAUCUUGGCAACUCUUUCAUGCAAGCCUAUCCUGGCGGUGGAUCUUUGGCGAGAUCCGUCGUGUCAAAUGGAUCUGGAGUCAAGACUACUUUUAGUGGACUUUAUACUGGUGCAAUGGUGAUAUUGGCGCUACAGUUUUUCACACAGUAUUUCGAAUUUAUUCCAAAAGCGGCACUGGCGGCGGUGAUUAUCUCCGCCAUUCUGUUCAUGGUGGAAUACGACGUCGUCAGACCCAUGUGGCGAGCUAAGAAACUGGACCUGAUUCCCGGAUUAACCACGUUCGUGCUCUGCUUGACCCUACCAAUCGAGAUGGGAAUUCUGACAGGAGUGGUUGUUAAUAUCGUCUUCAUCUUGUAUCACGCUGCGCGGCCUAAGUUUUCUGUUGAGACGCUGAAGACCGAACAUGGAAUAGAAUACUUGAUGAUUACACCAGACCGUUGCCUCAUGUUUCCCUCUGUGGACUACGUACGCAGGCUUGUCACCAAAUGCGCUACUGGAAAUUCCGUUCCAGUUGUCAUUGAGUGCACACACAUUUAUAGCGCAGACUAUACAGCAGCUAAAAGCAUUGAGCAGCUAACAGCAGAUUUCCACGCAAGGCAGCAACCACUUUACUUCUACAACGUCAAGCCGUCUGUAUGUUCAAUAUUUGAAGCCGUAGCAAAGCCCGAACACUUUGUCGUCUUCUAUGAGGAUGAAGAACUGGACAGGCUUUUUGCCGCAGAUGAAAGAAUCACGCCUGAGAAACCCUUACCACCUCUGAACGCCUGAAUGUGAUAUUGAAAGCUCCUGGAUUAUAUUUUUGGAAUGAAUUUGACGGAAUAGUGUGAUAUUUUAGGAAUGAGGUAUACCAGGAUUGUAGUAAUCGGUGUGUAGUCGUCGAUGUAAAACUUCUAUUAUUAACUAUUUUAAGAAAAAAAAAUUGUGCAAACUUGAAACCAAUUGCUGAAAAUAUUCGAAUGGAAAAAUGUAUUACAUGCGCACGAAAUUAACUUAAUUUUAUAUACGAAUUAAGUUCCUAACAUUAGUUCUUAAUAAUUUUCUUACAUAAAAAUGUGCCAUAUUUUAAUACCACUUUUUGUAGAUAUCCCUUGAGUGCAGCAAAAUCUGAUUUGUUAUUCUAGUAUGAUUUCGAAUUUUUAACAAUUGGUAUCAUGGUUGUAUUCUGUUGAGAUCGGAAUGUUUAUGGCUUUGCAGCUUUGAUCGGCGUAGUCACCGCAUCCAUCAGUAUUAUUAUAUUAUAAAGCUAUCGCCAUACACGUUACGAUCUACCGGAGAUAUUACCACACUUGCCAGAAAGUAAACUUCUUCUAUAUCUUUUAAUUGUCUUUGUCUAUUACUAUUGUAUUAAAGAGUGAUUUAGAUAUAUAAUUGUUGAUGUUACUGGUCUUAUCUUCUAGAAAACGUUUCACUUUUACUUAUUCAUUACUUGCAAUAUAAUAAGGAGGUCUUAUGUACUGCAUACAUAGAGAAGACGUCUCAUAUUUACUGUUUCUAACACGAGGUAUGGCUAACUGUAGUCAACUCAAUUAGUCUGUGUUACGCAUUCGUAUAAAUAACACGCAUAUAACGCUGUAUACUACAAUACUGCUUUAUUAACUCUCGAAACACACAAGUCCAGAAGUGACAUCUUUUUGUUUAUCAUUAUAUCACACCCAAAUAAAUCGCGACGACAAUUAACAAUGAAAUGACAAAGUUUAAAUGAGCGCUAGUACUUUAAUCAUGCUUAUGACAUUUAUAUUGUAUAAAGCGCUUUCUAGCGCUGCAGCCUGCAGCGAAUAAAAUUUUUUUUUAUGACUUUUGCUUACGACAACUUCUCUUGUACGCAGUACAUAAUGUCUCAAUGCAAGUCAUAUAGUACAUUAGUAUUAUAACAAGUCACCGUAUACCGUAACGUAUACGUGACAUUUAUGGCAAAAGUGGUUAUAAUAACGGACGACUCGGAAGUGUUAAUAAUGUUUUCAACAAUUUAAUUGCAGCUCUUUUACAAAAAUAAGUAGCACACAAAUCGCUUUCGAUUUAUUUUAAUAUAAAAUCUAUUUUUGGAGACUAGGCAAAUAUUUUUUUUUUCAAAUAAUUGAAUAAUACUUCGUUUCUAUAAUUUGAUCAAAUGUUUAUUAUACAAAUAUAUUAUUAAAUAUAUAUUCCCUUUUAUUGUGAUGACAUGAUGGAUAUGUCUAUAUAUAUAUAUAUAUAUAUAUAUAUAUAUAUAUAUAUAUAUAUAUAUAUAUAUAUAUUUGUGAACUAGUAGUUAAAUCUAGGUUCAUAAAACUCCAUAUUUUCUGAGUCCUCCUUAUAACAUUUAUAUGACUUUCCUAUAGUGUGAUGACUUGCAAUUCUGCUUUUUUUACUAAAUUAAUAUUGCACAGUACAGUACAAGCACAAUUUCUAGUAAACUAAAAUUGGACUGGGGAACUUUGUUAUGCAUGAAAAGUUAAUUCUAGAUACAUCAGUGUCUCAUUAAAGUAAUAAUAGAAUCAUUAUAUUGCUUCUAUUUAGAACUCUAUUGGAUUGUAUGUUAAUAAAUAUAACUAUUUAUCUACUACUUAAAUAGUGAAACUAUCAUUUAAAGUAGUAAAAAUAAAAGUAGAGUAUAUUUUGACAUUAUUAUUGGUAUAUUUAAAGUAUAUUGUCGUUGUCUGAAACUAGGAAACUAAUCACAAUUUGAAUUUUCUGGAAAAUCUGUCAUAACUAUUUCUAAUAUCUCAAAUAGAAGAAUAUAAUAUUAUCAGCCAGUUUUAUUUUACGAUUUGUCCUUUUAGAUAAGAUCCAAAGAGUAUAUAGGCACUUUUUGGAUUUGCCAAAGAGUAUUUAAAGUAUAUUCGUAUCAACGUUAGAAUUUACACUGAGUUUUGUUUAACUAUUUCCUGUAUGAUCCACUUACAAUUAUUUUUCUUUUAAUUUUAAUGACAGAGAGUGGUAGGGCGUCUCUCGCUAUUGUUGUGAUUGUAGAUUUUUAAGUAGAAUUUUAAUUAGUAUUAUGUACUUAUUGCCAUGUUUUAACUCCACAUAAUAUCAUAACAUUGUACCUUUAAAACUCGUGAUAAAUUUUUAACAGAUUAAACAGAUUUAUAACUAGUUUGACAUUCUGCGUACCAAAUCUUAGAAUUUUAAUUAAUGUUUUAUUAUCUAUAGAUUUAAUGUUUAAUUAUUUCAUCCUUACUGAAUGUACAAAUUUUGAGAGACCUGUUAUUGAAUGUCAAAAAUAGGAUUAUAUUGCCGCGCAAAAGUUUAUCCAAGAAAACCAAAUGACAUUGACAUUAUAAAUUAGUAAUCUGUGUUUGCUUAGACUUUGAUUUUUAUUAUACGGUAGGUAUGUAGUUGUUUCGAGUACAAGUUAGGUUGUAAGAGAUUUAUUAUCAAUUUUAAACAAAACGAGCAGGAGCCCAGUGCGUGCGUCCUUAAUUUUAUUAUAGGUAUUUCUAACGUUAUUUUAUAUCUAUAUUAUAACUUAAUUAGUAAUUAAGUUUAAUUAUAUUUUAUUGAUUAUUCCAUGUAAAUUCCAUGUUGCGUUUGAUCUAUUAGAAAUCAAUUUAUAUAUUGUUAAUAUAAAUGGAUAAAACUAUGCAUGUUAAAAUUGUAAAUGAAUGCUCAAAAGGCGAUAAUAAAGCAAUAAAUUUUCAUGUAGGCGUAGACGAAUAUCAAUUAAUUGGAAUUAAUUUUCAUUUAUUUUUUGGAGAGAGAUAUCAUAUUUGGAGAGCUUUAAAUAUAUGUCAUAAUAUUUUCUAUGCUGUACCUUAAUCCUAACAUUGUAUAAAUUUAAGAAUUGGCCAUUCUGAUUGUCAUUAAUGAAUAAUUUGAUUAUUUAAGCAAUAAAUAAUUCAAUGCUAUAAAAAAUAUAUUUUAAAUAUUACAUUAUUAUUGGUACUUUCCGAAACAUUGAUACAAUGGUCGUAAAUAUCUGAAGAUGGUAAACGGUAGGUACUUGUAAAAUAUUAUGUACCUACUUUUAUUUAAUAUAUUGACAAUAUUGACUUAUUACUUAUUACUAUAUAAAUAAAGUUCAAUCAUCAUUUGCAAAAAAAAAUCCUCUCCUGAAAAUAAUUGAUAAAAUAUAUAUAGGGUUCGUUCCUAAGCGGAUGUUUCUAUAAAAGGAUACGUAUUUAAAAGCCAAAAUAACAAACCUACAAACGCUACUGUAAUGGUCUUUGGUUUGUAGGUACUAUAAGUGUGGAGUACAAUAGGUACAUAAGACUUAAUCUACAUACUAGACUAUUUUGGUAUGUAGGUCUAUGUCAUAAGGGCGCGCUCACACUUGCUCAAGCUCAACUUCAUUUCUCAAAGCGUAUUAAGGUACUGAAAGUUUCUUGUUUAUGAUAACUAAGGUGAAUUACACUUUUAAUAUUAUUGUUGUUCAAAAAACCUAUACCUUGCAGUUAUUAAUUUAAACUUCUGACUUAUAGUUCUAACAAAACAUGACUUGGGUAUUUACUUUAGGUAUCCAAUCCGACCUAUACGUACACUCACUUGAAAUCGGUCACAAAGAACUGCGAUCGAGUUCGAACAAAGACCGUACCUUAUCUAAAGUUUGCAUGACGUUCGCAGUAUGUUCUAUUUGAGCCGCCAUCUUGUUUGUUGAUGAAACAAAAUGGCCGCUUAACCCCAUCCUAAAGUUCGGAGAUUAUAAGUUAUAUUAUAAUGAUUGACUUCCAUUUUCAAAACUAAAUUGUAACGUUAUUGAUUUAAUAUUUCUUUGUAUACAUGCGGCUUUUAGUAGAAACUUUCAGUAUCACUCACUACAUGUGACAAAAAAAAUAUUCAGUAAUUAUAUUUUGAAAAAAUACAUACUAACUUCUGUGUUAUAAAUGCAUAUUUUUAUGAAACAUAAUUCAAUAAUAAUUGUACUAUGAUUCGAAGUUGAGUAACCUUUUGGCUUCUUCAUAUAAUAUACUUACUACUUUUGUAAUAGUAAAAGAUUUUAUUAUAAAAAAUAACGCGAAUAUAUUUUAUUGAAUGUCUACUGGGAAAUCUUAGAUAUAACCCAAUUUAUGUACUUAUUUAUAAAAUGGAGAUUUAAAAUUAAUAUUUUAAAUAGUUAAAUGCUUCUAGAUUUUAAAUGUGUAUUUAAAGGAUGGUGCGUUUAUGAGAUGACUAAUAUUUUCCCAGUUCAAAGAACAAAUACUAUUCUAUUAAAACUCUUUGAGAGUUAGAUGAUAAA